CGGGAAAUCCUUGGAGCCUUCGGCUGAGCUGGAGGACCCCAAGCCCAGCAGAAAGCAGCCCCGCGUGUGCCGCCGCUCGGUGAUGGCCAGAGCAAAGGCAGACCCCAAGUAUGGAGAGAUCUUCCGCUUCGACACUCCGGUGCUGAUGUGGGACCAGCACUUCACCCCGGAAACCUGGGACAGACUGAAGACACGACACGUCCCCUACGGCUGGCAAGGCUUGUCCCAUGCAGUCAAAGGCUUCGAAGAGGAUGUUGGGACCAAGAUCUCCUUCUACGGCUUCACGGUGAACACCAUGAAGAACUCCCUCAUCGCCUACGAGGAGUACGGCUUCACCCAGAUACCCCAGGGCAAGGAGCUGAGGUACAUCUUCAUCCCCUCAGACGUCCGUGACUACGUCAUGCUGAAGUCGGCCAUCCAGGGCAGCCCCGUCCCCGAGGGCUCGGACAAGGGAGACAAGCCACAGAAGUAUUUUGGACCGGAGGCAUCUGCAGAGAAGUUCAAGCUGCUGCAUCCUGAUUUCUUGCAGUACCUGACAGCCAGGUUCCUGCGGUCGGAGCUGCUGGACACGCAGUACAGCUCGCUCUACAUGCCCAGCACCGGUGCUCUCAUGCUCCUCACCGCCCUCCACACCUGCGACCAGAUGAUGCUGGAGGCAGCGCUGUGGAGGAGCCUGCACCGAGCAGGGAUCAUGACCCUCUACCAGCGGUGA